AUGGGAUUAAUAUAUUCAAAAAUCAUCAAACUUGGACCAAACAGUACCAAGAUUUUCAAAGUCAACACUAAUGAAAAACUUGAUCUAGAAAAGGAGCGAACAGCUUUACGACAUGAUAUUAUUCGUGUUAUUUUUAAAGGAAACUUUUCAUCACCCAUAUAUGAUUUAUUAAGAUCAGGUGGCGCCAAAGUUCUUGAUAUUGGAUGUGGGCAGGGAGCUUGGAUUUGCGAAAUGUCUUCAGAUUUUCCUCAAUGUGAAUUUGUUGGAACGGAAAUUGUCGAUAAAAUAAUUCCACAAAUAAAGCCCUCAAAUACUUCAUUUAUUAAGGCAAAUAUUUUGGAAGGAUUGCCUUUUCCAGAUAAGCAUUUUGAUUUUGUGAAUAUCCGAAAUCUUCUUUAUGAUUUCACAGAGUCAGAAUGGGAGAAUUUAGUAAUUCCAGAAUGUAUUAGGGUGCUAAAGAAUGGUGGAUGGAUAGAAAUUUCGGAUUCUGAUUUAAAUAUUCGAAACUGCGGACCAGAAACGCGCAGAGUAACAAGUAAAAUGAUAAAAUUUUUAGAAUCCAAACAUAUAAACCCUUUUAUCGUUUAUCGAAUUGAAGAAUUGAUGAACUCCAGGCAAGAACUUCAUAGAACUGAGCAUAUUUCAAGACCAUUUCAAGUUGGCGUUUGGAAUAAUUCUCUGAAGGAUGCAUGUGCAAGAUAUAGUAAGGAGACUUUCGACGUGUUGGCGAAGUUUGCUGGCUCUAAAUCUGACAUCGAUGCCAUAACCACAACUUGUAUGAACGAAU